UAUCAUGACCUGCAUAUCCCAUCUCUCUAAUUAAACUGAAAACAGAGGUCCGCGCGCAGCUGUCUAGGGCUUUUCCCUCACUCUAAGACAGAAAAAAACCUUUUUUCAGGGUUUAAGCCGCCUCUCAAUCAAUAUUCACGUUCUUCAGCUCCUAAUUAUCUCCUAGUUGUUGACCAAACUGAGUUGAGUUGAGUUCCUCGAGAUGUCGAAUCGGCCAGAGUUACUAGCUCCACCUGAGAUUUUUUAUGAUGAUUCAGAGGCUCGUAAAUACACUUCCUCUUCUCGAAUUAUCGAUAUUCAGGCUAGGCUAUCAGAAAGAGCGUUGGAGCUUCUUGCUUUGUCUGUUGAUGGAAUCCCUAGAUUACUCCUCGAUAUUGGCUGUGGAUCAGGCCUUAGUGGGGAGACAUUAACUGAAAAUGGUCACCAAUGGAUCGGCUUAGAUGUUUCGCAAUCAAUGCUUAAUAUUGCUUUGGAGCGGGAGGUUGAGGGUGAUCUUUUACUUGGUGAUAUGGGUCAGGGCCUAGCACUUCGACCUGGAAUUAUUGAUGGCGCCAUCAGUAUUUCAGCUGUUCAGUGGCUGUGCAAUGCAGAUAAGUCCUCCCACGAACCAAAACUAAGAUUGAAGGCUUUCUUUGGAUCAUUAUAUAGAUGUUUGGCAAGAGGAGCAAGAGCAGUGUUCCAAGUGUAUCCUGAAAACAUAGCCCAGCGUGAAUUAAUUUUGAGAUCUGCAAUGCAUGCUGGAUUUGCUGGUGGUGUCGUUAUUGAUUACCCACACAGUACCAAGAGUAGAAAAGAAUACCUCGUGCUUACUUGUGGAGUACCAUCUACAAGCACUGCUGUUCCGAGGGGGGGAGGCGAAGAUGGAGAAAGCUACUCUGAAGAUGAAAGUAGUGAAGAAAAUCAGACAGUUUGCAUUUCAGACAGGAACAGACCUAAGAAAAAACAGAAAAUAACCAGGAAAGGGAAGGGCAAAGAUUGGAUAUUUAGAAAGAAAGAUCAACUGAGACGAAAAGGAAACGCAGUGCCUCCCGACACAAGAUACACUGGUCGAAAACGGAAGGCUCGAUUUUGAUCCUUACAUUACAUUUAUAGCCAACCUGUAUGGAGAUUAUACAUAUAAAUGGUUUUGUACUCAGACCUUUAUGCAUUGCCUGUUCCUGCUGCCGCGCUCCAACUUGAUGAAAUCCAUGUUGAAGAUACUUAGGGUCUGUUUGCAAA